CCUCGCGAGUUUUUCCCUAGAGACCCCAAAUCAACCUACGAGGGGAUGGCGCCGAGGAGGAAGUGGAAGGCUGCCCCGGCCGCCAAGAAGAAUCUGCUGACGCCACAGCCGCCCGGCCCCGACGCACAGGUGCAGGAGCAACUGCACUGGCUCGCCGACCAAGAGACUGAACGUUGGAAAACUGCCAUCAGAGCUAUUCUAGCAGCAGAGAACGAGUGUGCUUUCCCGUUUGCAUUUGGUGCGAUCAUACAUUUCCAAGGAGCAACAGGAAACAUGGGCCUUGCAGUUUUUUCAGGAAACUCCAUCCCGGUGUGGUGUUUAGACGUGUGCGUGUCUGAGCCUAUUUAAGGCUGCGUGAGUAUGUUUUUAUUUGAUGUGAGAAUAGAGUUCAGAAAAGUUGGUUGUGUGAGACAGCCAGCACCAAAAUCCACUGUCCUUUGUGUUUUGUCAGAAACAACGCAGGUACAAGAAGGGGGCUGAUCGAUUCAGCUC